AUUAUUAUAUAAAUACAUUUAUAAUAUUUAAAUUAGUAAACUACUAUAUUAAAUUAGAAAUAAUUUAAAUCUGAUACUCGUAGGGCGCCAAUUUGAAUGAAUUGCGUGAUUCAUUUAUUAAGUGCGUAUUCCAUUGUGCGGUUAUGUUUUGUGCAGUUCGCUUAUUUGUGUUAUUGUAAUCGGUGAAUGACACGUGCGUUCAUUGUGUAUUGUGAGCUAUUUAAAAUAUAAAUAAAUUUAAUAUGCCACAAGGCAAAUUAAAAGUUAAAACAAAACUUCCGCCAUCGGCUAAAAGAAAAGCAAACAAACAAAAGAAGGGACCUGCAAUACAACGUCGCGGAAAUGCACCUAUUCAACCUAAAAACGCAAAAUUUAAAGAAGUACAUAAAUUGAAGAAGGUAAUUACCAAGACUGUGAAUAAUGCUAUAGAAGAUGAACUUAGAGAAAGGGCUUUGGAAGGGAAAAAGUCUCUUACAAAAAAAGAUGAACAAAUUAAGCAGAAAACUUAAUUUUU